AUGUCGAGGUCUGACCGGAAGAAGCCCGCUACGGCGGCCACCAACUUGAUCGCUGGUGGAGGUGCAGGAAUGAUGGAAGCACUUGUGUGCCAUCCUCUGGAUACUAUCAAAGUCCGUAUGCAGUUGUCGAGACGAGCUCGUGCGCCUGGUGCUCCCAAGCGAGGCUUUAUCACGACAGGAGCAGAAAUUGUGAAGCGGGAAACAGCACUCGGUCUCUACAAAGGUCUUGGUGCGGUGCUUACGGGCAUUGUGCCCAAGAUGGCGAUUCGGUUCACAAGUUUUGAGUGGUAUAAGCAGGCGCUGGCGGACAAGCAGGGCAACGUCAGUUCGGGGUCUACAUUUCUCGCUGGUCUCGCUGCUGGUGUGACAGAAGCUGUUAUUGUUGUCACUCCCAUGGAAGUCAUCAAGAUCCGAUUACAAGCUCAACACCACUCAAUGGCCGACCCACUGGAUGUGCCCAAGUACCGCAACGCUGCACAUGCUCUCUACACCGUGGUCAAGGAGGAAGGUGGUGGUGCGCUGUGGCGCGGAGUCUCUCUCACAGCGCUGCGCCAGGGAACGAACCAGGCUGCCAACUUCACGGCAUACUCGGCACUGAGGGCGCGACUUCAGGAGUACCAUGGCACAAAUACGUUGCCGGGGUGGGAGACGAGUUGCAUUGGGUUGAUCAGUGGUGCUAUGGGGCCAUUCAGCAACGCGCCCAUUGACACAAUAAAGACGAGGCUGCAGAAGACGGCUGCGGAGCCUGGGCAGAGUGCUGUGCAAAGGAUUGUCGCUAUCGGCAGCGAUAUGUGGAAACAGGAGGGUGUCCGCAGUUUCUACAAGGGUAUCACGCCCCGCGUCAUGCGUGUCGCUCCUGGACAGGCUGUCACAUUUACCGUGUACGAGUACCUCCGAGGGCUGCUGGAGAAGUCAAAUCUGACGCUGGUGGGAGGCAAGUACGAGGAGUAG